CGUGCAUAGUGUGUUUUUAAUUAGCCUGAUGCUGCACGAGCAAAGAGAGGCUCCAAGUGACCCUGGAAUCCCAGAGGAGAGAAAGCCGUCUGGAAUUACAGCAGGACCCUGCAACACAGAAGAAAUCCACAAAGAGUGGGGGGACAGGCUGGUGCAGGAGAUGCACGUAUUCACCCUGCAGGAAAGCUACGACGAGUUCCGGGCGAAGGAAGAACUCAUCCAGGCAAAUCCCGCCUGGCACGUAUCCACCUCCUGCGAGCGUCUCAUGUACCUGCAGAAGGCGAUCCGAAAGAAGGCGAGAGAUCACUCCGUCAUUCCCUGCAUAACUUCCCUCAUGCGAGCUGUCAAAAUGUACGAGAAAGAGUCCGGGGCACGCGUGGACUGGAGUGAAAUUGUCCUCCCAAAACUUCUCGGGGUGUUGGAGGAGCACAAUCUGACGUGGCAUUGGCAGAUCCCCUUUUGCUUUGACUUUCACGAUAUGCGCUCCUGGGGAGUUUCUGUCGCGUACGACGUUCUCCGGAAGAGAGUCCCGUGGCACGCCGUCGUAAAGCUCAUCCGCAGGAAGAACGUGCAUGAAGUCCUUGCCUCCCAACUGAGCGAGACAGAGGAGGAUACGGACUUGCUCAUCUCCGCAUGCACGCAGAUAGAUGAAAUGCAGGGAGAGACACAGAAAAAUUCAGGUUCUGUCAGGAACUUCUGCACGUUCUGCAGUAAGAAGGGGCACUCUGUGGAUGCGUGCAACUCCGUGCGAAAAAGGAUCCGGAAAGUCUCCACGGAGUACGCUAUUUUCCAGGCGAAAAGUCCGGGGAUUCGCUCGUCCUCUGGGCGUAUCCUGAUCUCUCCGCCUGUCUAUGUAACGGUCUCUGUAUGCGGGCAUGCUCUGAGGGGGCGGCACAGCACGGGCUCAGACCUUAGCCUCAUCGACUGGAGCGUAUACAGCGACCUAACGGCAAAAACAGCUGUUCUUAAGACCAGCCCGCACGAGAUCCUGAUAAAGGACGCUCUGAACCGGAAAAUUCCCAGCCGUUUCUACGUGGAGGGAGACGUUACCUGCGAGGGAAAAAGUGCAGGAGUGCACCGCUUCUACAUCGUGGACUCUGAGGAGGGGGUUCCGACUGUCUUUGGGCUUUCCCUCCUGCAGGCAUGUACACAGGCGGGGAUUCCGCUGGGGGUUCCGAUGGGGGUUUCUGCGAGUCGUGCACGAGAUGGGACAGGCUGA